GCCACAAACUGGAUUGCAUGGAGUUGCAGUGGAAGGUGUGCAGUUUGUUGCGGUAUGAUUAAUUCCGUUUAAGAUAUGCUUUGUCAUCUGCUGGGGAGAAUCAUCACAUAUGAAUGUGUGCAGUCACUCGAAAGGCAGAGAGUGUCCCUUAGAAUGGCAGUUUGAUUUGUUGGGAAAUGAUGUUUUCAAUUAGCAGUAUGAUUUUUGGGGAAAUAUUGAGGCUGCUAAGGUUCUUGUGCGUUUUAUGCGGGAUUUUUUGCUGUUUUGAUCAUGAGAGGUCAUUGCAUGCACAUAUUAGAGAAAAUUUUUCACUUCAUCGUGCUUGUUUGGUCAGAUAGAAAUUUAUUCUAAAUGCAUUUGAUAGACUCUGGAUGCUGGUGAUCAUUUGUUCCUGUAUUUAAUUAGACACACUGUAAUUCGGAAAGAAUCUCUUGGAAUUAAAAUGAAGAACUUACCUGGGAUCCCAGGGACAUGUGGUGGCCUCCUUCUCCGUGUAGGGCAGUUUCUGUUUGCUGCAGCUUCAGUUGUUGUGAUGGUAACUGGCGAGGAAUUUUCAAGUUACACAGCAUUCUGUUAUUUGGUUGCUGCAAUGGGUUUACAAUUCUUGUGGAGUUUUGGAUUAGCAACUCUUGAUGCAUAUGCAUUAUUAAUUAAAAGAGGCUUACGGAAUCCAGUGCUGGUUAGCCUGUUUGUGGUGGGAGAUUGGGUUACAGCUACACUUUCAUUUGCAGCAGCAUGCUCGACAGCAGGAGUAGCUGUUUUGUUUGAUAAUGAUCUAGGCUAUUGUGCUCAAACACAUUGUCGCAGGUACCAAAUUUCGGCUUCAUUGGCUUUUGCGAGUUGGUUGUUGAUUGGAUUGUCAUCCCUCAUAACAUUCAGGCUUCUGGCUACUGGAUGACUCAAGCUUAUCCUAUAUUGCUUUCAACCGUACAACAGAUAUGUUUAAUCUACAAUUGUGCCACAUUCUUAUUCUGUAAUAUCAUUGAAAUCUCAGAUCUGAUUUAUUUGUUUAUGUUACUUGUAAAUUUUAACAAUAUGCUAUGGAUCUAUGAUCAUGAUGUUUAAGUUGAUGAAAUGGAUCCAUGAUCAAUCAUUAAGGUGCUGAAUUCAUUCUUUUAGCAAGUAGAUUACUGAAAGUCAUGAGCUGUGCUGAGCUUAUACAGGACAAUUGUAGAUAUCAUUGUUCACACGUUUCAAAUUCUUGGCUUUGGCAAGGGUCAUUUAAUUGGCAAUUUGUUAAAGUAAUGAUUUGUUAAA